AUGCAGCAAGAGGGUGCGAUGGGCUGUACGGCUGCUGUACCAACGUGGAAGAAGGAAGAUGCUGCGCGUGGUUCACAGGAAACUCGCUGGGCUGUCGACCUCCGCUGCCAGAAUGCCAAUGCUAGCGCAACAGCAAUUGGAGAUGGUUCAAUUUGCGUUUCCACUCCUGACACACCAGAAGCUGUCAACUUCAAUUCUGCAAAAUGGACCACCAGUGCGCUCCAGGCCCGCUCAGACGAGGCGCACCACAACCACGCUUGUGCCGAGCCGGAUGUCGUUGGCUUUAAGACGCCCGAUGGGAAGAAACAUCUUAUCAAGGUUCCGGAAGGCCAUGGGCAGUUGGAGUAUAUCUCUCAGUUGUUGGAGGCGGAGGAUUAUGCAGCUCUCACUUCUUACGAGCACGUGGAGUGA